AUGACAACAGCAGAAGCCGGAAUUGUCGAGUUCCUAGACGCCACAAGCGAGAAACAUGGCGGCAGUCACGGCGGUAAAGGGAAGAAGCGGCAGCGGAAGCAGCUGUCUUCGUCGUCCUCAUUUUUAGACCGCUUCGAUAGUGGCAGCGAGGAUGAGCAACAAGGGGGGAAAACUCGUAAACGAGGCGUUCAUUCGAACGGAGACGCUUCUAACGGUGCAGAGCAGAAACCAGGGAAGAGAAAAAUAUCACCGGGAACGGCGGCAGCAGCAGGGUUGUUAUUAGACGGAGGUGACAUUAACGAGGGGCGAGGUGUAGACGAUCGAGGAGCACAAGGCAUAGCCUUAGAGGCAGGGCCGUCUGUUGCGCAAAAAGGGGGAGCUGCGGGGGCAAAGGGGAAGGGGGCUGCUGCAGCGCGCAAGGAGAGGGUUAAGGGACAGGGUUUAUCGGGAUCGCAGGCGGAAGGUUCUAGGGGAGAAGGGUUGGGAGACGAAGAGGAGGGUUUUGCGGAAUUCGUAGAGGGGGAUGAGGAGGAGAGAGUAGGAGAGAGUGAGGAAGAGGAGGAGAGUGAGGGAGAGGAGGAGAGUGAGGGAGACGAGGGGAGUGAGGGAGAGGAGGGGAGUGAGGGAGAGGAGGGAAGUGAAGAGGACGAGUUGAGGGGAAGUGAGAGUGAGGAAGGGGAGGAGGAAGGAGAGGAAGGAGAGGAGGAGGAGGAGGGGGAUGGGGACGGCGCAGGAGCAGCAGGUUCGGGAGCCGCCCCUUCGUCAUCUUUCGCAACAGCCUUCGCGAGCAUCAUGGCGAAGAAGGUCCCUGUUACCGGCAAGGUGCGCGAGAGCAACGGGGUUCCGGCUCCCCCCAUCUCCUCCCCCAAAUCCUCCCCCAGGCGCCCAUCCUGGCAGCGCGCAAGAAGCUGCUGGAGGAGGGGAAGGCGGGAGGAGGGGAAGGCGGGAGGAGGGGAAGGCGGGAGGAGGGGAAGGCGGGAGGAGGGGAAGGCGGGAGGAGGGGAGGCGAAGACCUUUCCUUCCCGGUUCCCUGUCCCCACUCUUGCAUUAGCCACACUUCCCAUUCCCCCCAUCCUCCCCCAGGCGCCCAUCCUAGCAGCGCGCAAGAAACUCUUGAAAGAGGGGAAGGCGGCAGUAGGAGAGCGAGCUCCAUUCACUCCUUACCUUUUUUCCGCCUUCCCGCACCCGUCCCCUUCCGCCCCUUGCCUCUCCCAAAUCCUCCCCCAGGAGGCGCCCAUCCUAGCAGCGCGCAAGAAGCUGCUGGAGGAGGGGAAGGCGGGGGGGACGAGAGCGAGCUUCACAGCGCGCAAGAAGCUGCUGGAGGAGGAAAAGGACAGCAAGGGCGUUCAUUGCCCCUCUUGGCUUUCAUUUCCCGCUCUUGCGCCCAUUUUAGCAGCACGCAAGAAACUGCUGGAGGAGGGGAAGGCGGCAGCAGGGGAGGCGAAGGCCAAAGCAGUGUCGGCAGCUGAGAGGAAGCAGGCGAAGAUGAUGGAGAGGGAGAUGGCACACGUGUUGCCAGAGCCGUUUCUAGGCCCAAAGGAAAAAGCCCUGGUGAAGAUCGCGACCAAGGGAGUGGUUCGGCUCUUCAAUGCGGUCAGCAAGGCCCAGAAGGUGCAGAAGCAAGCAUCGACCAAAGAUGCGGAUAAAAAAACUAAGGCAGCUUUCCUGACGGAACUAAGAGGCUCAACGGCAACACCUGGCAUUGGUGGCAUCGGUGGUGCUGCUGCAAGGCAAGGAGGCAAGGCCAAGCCAGAGGCUGCCACGUCAGCAGCAACGGCAGCAGAGGAGCCGACGUGGUCCUUGUUGGCCGAUAGCUUUCAGCUGGGGCAGUCGAACCUCAAGGGAUGGGACAAGGGCGACGAGGCGCCCAUGGCCUUUGACCCCGAAGGGAUUGCCAUUGGGGAGCUUGAUGACGACGAGGAUGAUGGGGGAGGAGGGGAGGAUGAUGAGGAUGAGGAGGAUGCUGUGGGUGAUAUGGAAGAGGAGGACGAGGAGGAUAGUGACGAGGACGAAUGA